AUGAUUCGACGGCGGUUUGUUUGUGCCUCCCGCACGUCGGCCGCGGCUCCGACUUGUGUGGUCUUCUCGCCGCGGCGACAGCAGGGCGGACUGCACACGUUUAUUAGGGACGCGCGGCCCGCCAGCUUCGCCGCGCCGCGCCAGACGAGUAGCGCCGGCGACGCCCACGCGUCGUCGACGUUUGCGUCCACCGACUGGGCGACGCAAAUGCAGCGGGAGCUCUUUGGGGAGACCGACCCCCUCGGGGGCCAGGCACACAAGGACUACUACCGGGACCCUGCGCGUGGCUACAGCCCGCAGUAUGCGCCACGCAAUUUUGCCGAGGGUGGCGCCAUUGCCUACCACCACGCACAAAGUCCGCGGGAGUACGCGGAGGCCACGCAUCGCCGCAGCUGGCUUGAGCACGACGUUUCACGGAUGCAAGAGGGCUUCCACGAGCAGCGGGCGUCGUUGCGCGGGAUGGAAAACCCCACGGAGCGCGAGGAGCUGGCACGCCGCUGCGCCGCCGAGCACCACGUGGCCGACACCAUUCAGGAGAGCCAAUCUCUCCACCCCCUGAACCAGCUGCACCACAGCACGAGCACGAGCGGAAGCGCACUCCGUCAACAAACGGUGGUGGACCGGUAUCAGGUGGCGGGGCAGCAGGCACCCCUGGCCGCUUCAGACGGCAUGAGUCGCGCGGAGCUCGCCGACGCCUACCUGGCGGGCAAUGAGACGGUACGCGAUGAUUUGAUUGCGGAGCAUCUGCGCAUUGUUCACGGCUUAAGAGAAAAGGAGAAGUACGACUUCACCGUCCUGCAGCGUGGCACCCGUAUUCCUUUCCAGGGCUACGACAUGGAUCGAUUUCUCGCCCAGCAAAAGGGGACACCGUACGGGGCCCAGCAGUUGCCCCCAAACACUGUCAGUUCUGGCAUGGACGAGGCACAGCGAACGCUGCGGGAUCCGGCGGCGAGUGUGCCGUCGUUUGAGGCGCUCUCGCAGAAGGCCUUUGCAAGGAACACGGUGCGUGAUCACCCCACGACGGGCGAGGAGCUGACCCAGGAGAUUGUCGGCUCCUUGCGAGCCACGCGCGCGGCAUCCGAGCGGCAGCGUGAGCAGGAGCGGGCGCAACGCUUUGGUCUUGGUCGACAGGGAGCCCUGGUGCAAGACGGCGGACCCGACAAACGCACAUUGAAGAAGCACACCAACGACGAACGCAUCAUGGACGCCAUGUUCUUCCGCUCCAACGCCUACCGUCGGACGCCGACGGAUGAGCACUGGAACCCGUACCUGCGACGGGACACCGCCCGCGGCGUCGCCCACCUGCUUAACAACAAGUUUGACCUUGCGCGCCGCGAGGAUCGUCUUGCAAAGGGCGAACAGGACCUCACGGAGCGCAGUGUGAUGCACCUGGGCGUGCCUAUUCAGCAAACCAUUGACGAGUUUGUGUUUCGUCACCGCAACGCCCGUGGGGAGCGUCCGCUGGACUACUUUAAACCGUUUCCUGGCUUUCGUGACCUGCGGUUGAACCGCAUGUACCGCGAUGUGGAGGGGUUUUCGCUCAUGAAGCAGCGACCCGAGUUUCUGGAGUGGGAGCUCUUUACGCGUUACCGCGCCCACCACCAGCAGCGACGUCGCAUUGCCCUCCUCCACGGCCUGGAGCCUGUCGCGAAUGAAACAGCACAAGAGAGGGACGCACGGAGGCAAAAAUUAGAUGAACUCUGUGAACGCACCCCGUUCGAUGAAGGGGAGCUGCAUCCAAACGAUGACGAGAUGCAGGUGGGCGGGGAAACGCUGCGCAGUUGGUUUGGCGUGUACAUGCUUCCUUCCCCCACCGUGGUGGAGGCGGUUGUGGGGGCCGCGGCCUCCGUCAAUUUGCACCUUUUCCCGCUUCCCGAUGAGAUGGGCACGGCAGACACCCGCGAGAAUGUGCUGAGUGCCCGUUACUUUAACCGGCUGCUGCUCAUGGAGGCCUUUCAGUACCGCAUUGGCCGGGCGUUUAUGGGCAGCGUGAAUGGCAAGGCGCCAGAGCCGGUCGUGCAGUACAUGCAGCCACCCGAGGUUUUGCGCCACUUUACCGCGGAGGAGCGGGCCAUGUAUGAGCAAUACGUGAAGGAGCAAACGUCGCAGCAGCUCGGUGCGUGGGCAACCGCCAUGCGUCGCCGUCGCUGGAUACCAGAACAGCAGCAGUACGGCCACGUCGUGGCGCAAGGCUACGAGGUGCACGUGGUGGACCUUCAGCACACCGACACCGCCGCCGUCCUGACGGUCGCGGCGAAGGCGUUUGAAGACGAAUUGCUGGCGGCGCGAGGAAACGCCGGUCACAUCAUCAUGGUGGAGGGACAGUCCUACAAGCUACGCCCCGAUUCAGAACGCAGCGUGGUGCCGCUGUCUGUAAAGCUGGAUUCUGGGGUGGUGCUGGAUAUGACCGACGAGGUAUUCGAGCGGUAUGAGUUGGAGGCACUGCCGCAGAACGCCAAUCAUGCGCUGAACUACGGCAUUGGCAACUAUGUCUACAACCGCGGGAACUACGUGGAAACGCAAGAUGCGAUUUGGGAGGCGCAAACCGCGUCGGGUGAAGAAGGCUGGUCGCCCGCAACACACGCAGACGGUCUGCGGGCGGGCUUGCCAGUGCGAGCGCGGCGCCACCUGGGCGUGAGUGCGGCCGGCUCACGCAUUGUUAGCACCCCGCAGCGUGCGGUGGUUGUCGCCUACGACCGGCAGCCCUUCUUCAACCCCGAGCCGCGGCUCGUGCGGGUUGCCUUCGCGUCUGACGGCGUCGUGGAGGAGGUGCCCUUGUCGGAUGUCAUGAUUUGGCAGCGCCGCUAUUACGGACCCGAGCGCACCGUCGGCGACGAGUCGCGGCGGUACAGUCCGGUUAGUCUGCGGCGCUACGUUGACGUCGCCGACCCGUUUAACGAGAAGGCGUCCAAGGCGGAGCAUUUCCUGGACAAGUACGAGGCCGCCCGCACCUCCGAGGUGGCCGCCAGCAAGUACCGCACGACGAAGCAGAUCACGGAGAUGGAUCAGUGGACGCGGUUUGACAUGUGCCGGGCGGACAAUUUCCGCCCACUGAGUAUUUCGCACCGGCGCGAUUACAUUCGACUCGGCUACAUGCACCGCUACACCCCCUGGGAGUGGAUUGCGCAGCAGGAGGCCGAUCAACCCCUCAUUGCGGAUCAAAUUCGCCAGGACAACGUUGGUGCGAGUUACUUCUUCUCACUGAAUCGGUACUGGCGGUAUAAGGCGCGACCACACGGCUACAUUCGUCACUUUGACAACGAGGUGCGGGAUUUGUUCCAAUUUAUUGACGGUGUUACGCCGUGGAAGCAGGCGCAAAAGAUUCGCACAUACUGGGAGGUGCGGGCGCAUCAUCCUAUGCCGCAGUUUAACCGUCCAGAGGUGGCGAUGCACCGCAACACGGUUGGUCUGCUGCCUGCGCACCUGUGGGAGACGGACAAGAAGACAGGCAAGGUGAAGGCGGUGAAGGACUCCGUCAGAGACUACCAGACGAAGACGCCGCUGCCGACGUGGGUGCAGCUCUAG